AUGGGUUCUGAGGAAAAGGCUCUCUUGGGACAAUUUGGAUUUCCUCUCACUGGAACGGAGACCCAGUGCUACACCAAUCACGCCUUGUCUUAUGAUCAGGCCAAGCGGGUGCCGAGAUGGGUUCUUGAACACAUAUCCCAAAGCAAGAUAAAGGGUGAUGCAGACAGGAAACACUGUAAAUUCAAGCCUGAUCCCAACAUCCCUCCCGUCUUCAGUGCCCUCAACGAGGACUAUCUUGGCAGUGGGUGGUCACGAGGACACAUGGCUCCUGCAGGGAAUAACAAAUUUUCAACUAAAGCCAUGGCGGAAACCUUUUACCUUUCUAAUAUCGUGCCUCAGAAUUUCGAUAAUAACGCUGGCUAUUGGAACAGGAUAGAGAUGUACUGUCGGGAACUGACGGAGCGGUUUGAGGAUGUGUGGGUGGUGUCCGGACCUCUGACCUUACCUCAGACCGGAAGUGACGGGAAGAAAACCGUCAGUUAUCAGGUGAUUGGUCAGGACAACGUGGCCGUCCCCUCCCACCUCUAUAAAGUGAUCCUGGCGCGCAGAAGCCCGGUGUCCUCGGAACCGCUGGCCCUGGGGGCCUUUGUGGUGCCCAAUGAGGCCAUCAGCUUCCAGCCCCCGUUGACGGAGUUCCAGGUGAGCCUCCAGGACCUCGAGCGGUGGUCGGGCCUGGUGUUCUUUCCUGACCUGGACCGGACACACGGUGUCAGGAACAUCUGUGCCGUGGACACCUGCAAACUCCUGGGUUUCCGGGAGUUCACCCUGUACUUGAGCACCAGGAAGAUUGCCAGCGCCUCAUCGGUGCCCAGACUGGAAAAGAUCAUGGAAAAUUUGCGGAAAGCAGGAGUCGAACCCGAUGAUUACUUCAUCGGUCUCUAUGAGAAGAAGCUGCGGAGACUCAAAGCCCAGGAGCAGUCCGGAGCCCAGGAAAGAAAGCCAUCCUAGCUGUCCCUCCCAGCAGAGAGCCACUCUUUCAGCGGCGUGCUUCACACACACCAUCAGGUCCCCAAACAAAAAGGAUCAGAUCCGAAACUGAAGUUCAAAAUUGCCCCUGGAGAUAAAAGGGGUGCAGUUUUAAAUGUUUUUAUGUUAGACGUCUCCAACAGUUGAUUCCAAGCUUAGUACAUUUUGUUUCCUAGACAAAACUAUGAAGGAGAAGAUAAAAAUACUUAAAGAGCCACAAGACUUAAAUUAUGACAAUGAAGAAUUUCGAUUUCUUUUUUUUUUUUUAUUUCGAUUUCUUAACCAGUAGGGAAUUUGUGAUUUUUCAAAAUUCAGUAUUUCAAGUACAUUCAACAAAUGUACAUUGAAUCAUGUAUUUCAUACAUAUAUAUUUUUAUGUAUUUCAUAUUAAAACACAAAAUAGAACACCAA